AUGGGCAUUUUUGGCUGUGGCUUUUUCUCAAGUAUUUUUUCCAGUCUGUUUGGAACUCGGGAAAUGAGGAUCUUAAUCUUGGGAUUAGAUGGAGCAGGAAAAACCACAAUCUUGUACAGAUUACAGGUUGGAGAAGUCGUUACUACUAUUCCUACCAUUGGAUUUAAUGUUGAGACAGUAACAUACAAAAACCUUAAAUUUCAAGUCUGGGAUUUAGGAGGACAAACAAGUAUCAGGCCGUACUGGCGAUGCUAUUAUUCAAACACAGAUGCGGUCAUUUAUGUUGUAGACAGUUGUGACCGAGACCGGAUUGGCAUUUCCAAAUCAGAGUUACUUGCCAUGCUGGAGGAAGAAGAGUUGCGAAAAUCCAUUUUAGUGGUGUUUGCAAAUAAGCAGGACAUGGAACAGGCCAUGACUCCCUCAGAGAUGGCAAAUUCACUUGGGUUACCUGCCCUGAAGGACCGAAAAUGGCAAAUAUUCAAAACUUCAGCAACCAAAGGCACUGGCCUGGAUGAGGCAAUGGAAUGGUUAGUUGAAACAUUAAAGAGCAGGCAGUAACUGGACUGCUUCUGAGCCUCUGAAAGAAGAUUCCAACCUGGAUCCCUUUGGAAGCAGUCAAGUGUUGUCACACGACAACGUUCAAUCCACAGGAUUAUUGAUGUUUACUGGACUGAUGGCAGUAUUUGUAAUAAAUACUGUAUUUGUAGUUGGUUGGAGGGGCAACUCAAACUGAUUGAACCGAGUGACUGAUUCUUCUGUGUAAUAUAAAAUAUUCCUUUCUUGUGUUGAGAUGUCUGUUCUACUCGUAUGGAACUCUGAUUUAAAUAUAGUCCUAUGAAGAAUGCAUUCUUGUCGGUGGAAGACACUUAUUUUUGAAUUAGUCACUGAAGCGUGUUUGUAAACACUAAUAAUUUAGAUUUUAUUUUCCCCCCCAAAUGAAUUUAGUCUUCCCAAAGAUUAGACUCAGAAGAGUAGCCUAAGAACAUAGUGUUUGUGUAAUAUAACCUUCCGUUGUGUAGGUGACGAUAGUGAACAGUUUAGUUUAAACAUGUUGGCUGUAGGCAUGAGUUUGAAAUCAUAAUGCUUACCAGUGAUUUAUCUAUAAUGGUCAUUUUAUAGUAAACUUUGUCAUUUUCGAAGCAAUUUUUAUGGAUAUUGACCUCAUUGGUCUGUGUAGGAAUUCUGAGACUGGAAGGACAGGUGGUAAUUCUUCAUUUUAUGGAUGUGGACCCAGGGCUCUAAUGAGUGGACUUGCACACGGUUAAUGCUAAUGAAAGGAACAAAGUAGCAUUUCCAGCCAGAAGCUUGUCCCAUAUGCUGCAUCAUAUGUCGCUGAAAAUGCCAAGAUAGGCCACACAGACAGCUCUUACAUGUAAUUACACCAGUGGAAAUAGUCAUACAUUCAGAACCAGUCCUGUCUACGGCAGAUCAGUGCCGCCUCUGCCUGAUCAUGGCAGAGGUAGCAAAACAACUCCAUGAACUUACAACAUAUUAGACUUUUUAGGUAAAAAAGCCUUUAAAAGGCAUUGCAUUUUUCUUGUCCUGUAAAUUGAUUAAAAAGUCAGUCUUACUGCUUCUAGGGCAAAUGAAAUAUCUUUGGUGUGAAAAAAAAUUAGGCUUACUGUUUGCUGUCAGAUAGGUUUAAAAAAACCCUACUGAAUUCAUGUGAGAAAGGAACCUUUCAAACUACUCAUGUACUACAGAAUUAGGAAAGUGAAUAAAAAUGAAGAAACCAAACCUGUGGCCAUCCAGCCGAUUCCAAGUCCUAGUGACUGUAGAGCUGAGUAGAACGAUCUCGGGGGUCCCCCAGCUGGCAUCUAUGGAAGCCACUGCUACAGCUCUCUCUCGCACUGUGGUGGGUGGGUUUGACUGCUUAACCAUUGCACCACCAGGAAUCUGAAACAAUAUAAAGUGAAUAUAAUUGUUAGUAAUUACUAAAGUUGGGCAGAAUAUUAUUAAAUUGAGUAGCUAACAAAGCUCACAAAUGGAUUGCUGACGGAGAGAGCCAAUAGUCUGUAGUGUGUGCCAGCUCGUGGGGCUCUAGUGCUUGGUUUCCUGCCUCUGGCAUCGCCCUUCCCGCUGCUGGACUCUAGUUCACUUGAUUGGCUUCUCUCUUCACUGGUGGGUCUGACUCCUUUUAUUCCCCAAGACUCAUUUUUAAUUUGCUCUCAUUGAGAUCUUUUGGGACACUUUUCUUCCAAGCACAGGCAGGUGUUCCAAUGCACCUAAUUGUACCUGAGCAGAGCACAUUGCUUCAUAGACUCCAAGUCACUAGAUGGGAAAGAUUUUUCAGGUACCUACCUUUUUUUUUUUUAGGAUGGUAAUGUACAUUACAGUACCUCUGAUAUGUUCAUUGCUCUCAGCUAGAAAAAUAGCACCAAUAAUUUUACAUGGUUUUCCUACUGAUCAAGUGCAUGUGACAGCUGGGACCAAGGAUGCAUCCAGUUCCAUUAAAAAAAAAAAACAGUUCACCUAUUCACUGAGGUAUGGGGUUUGCAGCCCAGUGUUGACUCACCAAUGGUUCAGCAACACCGAGGAAUAGUGACCCGGGGAACAGGUGCUGGUUGGACUGAGCUGUGCUGCCUUGAACACUGGGGGCAUGAAGGUGUUGCAAAGGGCAGCACUUGGAUUCCUCUAAUUUACCCAAAAAGAUAAAUAGGGUGUGCAUUUAUUUUUAACAAAUUUAUCAGGCAGAAAAUAAGGCAGUUUCCUUCAUGGGAAACAACUGCAUGUUGCAAACAUUUGAUUGUUGUUAUUUUCAAAAUGUCUACUGAGUUAUUUUGUGAGAUGUUAAUGAUGGGGAAAUCCCUAAGGAAGUUCUGGACUCAACCAAACUCCUUCCUUCAGUUUCUUUUCUAGAAAACAAAGAGGCCUAGACAAAUGAAGACUGAUACCAAAGGUUUCUUUGCGCUCUGAAAUUAUCGUGAAACUGGGCUAGUGGUUGUGCUGUGUCAUGUGGUCACAGUAGCUGUAAUCAAUAAAUUGGUGGAAUGACUUUCAUCUGAAUACCUGAGAUGCACUUUAAACUGUGGAAAUGUAAGCUCCUUGAGGGCAGGGACUGGACCUUACAUACUGUUCAUAUCCUUUGCAUCUAGUGUGGUGCGCUUGGCACAUGAAAGGCACUCAAUAAAUAUUUAUUAAAAGCAA